AUGGCGACGGAGCAAAGUUCUCCGCGUAACUCUCUGGUUUCAGUCGUGGAGGACGUUCUUCAGAAACAUGGAAUUCGAAGGAUUGAUUCGGCAUCGAAAAAAGUCGACGAAACUUCGGCUAGGCGGUACGAAGCGGCAGAAUGGCUAAGAAAGAUGGUGGGAGUCGCUGGGGGAAGCAAAGAUUUGCCGUCGCAGCCAUCGGAGGAGGAAUUCAAGCUUGGAUUGCGAAGUGGGAUCAUCUUGUGCAAUGUGCUUAAUAAGGUUCAACCUGGGAGGAUCGCUAAGGUAGUAGAAGGCCCUGGUGAUUCAUACAAUACGGCUGACGUGGCACCACUAUCAGCAUACCAGUACUUCGAGAACAUGAGGAAUUUCCACGUAGCUGCUGAGGAAAUGGGGCUUCCAUCCUUUGAAAACUCUGACUUGGAGCAGGGAGGAAAGUCAGCAAGGGUUGUGAACUGUGUUUUGGCACUCAAAUCGUACUACGAAUGGAAGCAAAAUGGAGGAACUGGACCAUGGAAGUAUGGUGGAACACCUAAACCAGCAGCCUCACCUUUUGGGAAGUUUACAAGGAAGACUACUGAACCAUUUGGGAAUCGAGGAUCAUCAUCGCCUUCUGGUGGCGAUGUAGAUACUAAUCGUGAUGAUUCUGAAGCAGCUGGACCUCGUUCGUUGAACAUGCUAGUUCAGGCAGCUCUUUCACAUAGAAACCAAGAAGAAAUCCCCAAUAUUGUGGAAUCUAUGCUGAGUAAAUUGAUGGAGGAGUUUGAGCGUCGGCUGGCAACUCAAAGUGAAGCAAUAAAGGCAGCAGAGAAGGAAGUUGCAGUAUCAACUGCGGAAUAUUCUCCUCCCGAAUCUCCUUCUAGCGAUGCGAAGAUGGAAGAUCAAGCUUCUCCACAGAUGAAUAGGGAAGAUCCUUACCGUGUGGAGUCGGGCAAUUUGCAGUAUUGUACGUAUGAGGAAUUGGAUGAACUGAGCCAAGAAUCUAAGAGAAAGCUUGCGAGACAGAGAAUGUUUGUUGAACAACAACAGAUGUACAUUCAGGAACUGAGACGAAACCUUCAUGCAACGAGAUCAGGAAUGCAGCUUAUGCGGACAAAGUACUUGGAGGAGUUUAACAACCUAGGGAAGCACUUGUAUAGUCUUGCUCAUGCCGCUUCAGGAUACCAAAGAGUCCUUCAAGAGAAUCGCAAGUUAUACAAUCAAGUACAGGACCUGAAAGGAAACAUUAGAGUAUACUGUAGAGUGAGACCAUUUUUGCCAGGGCAAGCUAGUCGAUUCAGUUCUGUGGAUCACAUAGAGGAAGGAAAUAUCUCAAUUAUCACACCUUCAAAGUAUGGGAAAGAAGGGAGGAAGAGUUUCAGCUUCAACAAAGUUUUUGGACCUAUGGCUACUCAAGCUGAAGUGUUUGCAGAUACGGAGCCAUUGAUUCGUUCUGUCCUUGAUGGGUAUAAUGUCUGUAUCUUCGCUUAUGGCCAAACUGGAUCUGGGAAAACUUACACCAUGAGUGGUCCAAACGAGCUUACGGAAGAAAGCCUAGGUGUCAACUACAGGGCAUUAAGUGAUCUUUUCCAGUUAUCAGCUCAACGGAAAGAAGUUAUCAGCUAUGAGAUCUCAUGUCAGAUGCUCGAAAUUUACAAUGAGCAAGUGAGAGAUCUCCUUACAAGUGACGCUCUCAACAAAAGAUAUCCUUUCCCUAUUGUCCUGCAUACAUUAGAAAUACGCAACAGUUCUAGCAAUGGAAUCAAUGUACCUGAUGCUGUCCUAGUACCAGUUUCAUCAACUUCUGAUGUCAUAAACUUGAUGAACACCGGGCAUAAGAAUCGUGCAGUGAGUGCUACAGCGAUGAAUGAUCGGAGUAGUCGAUCCCAUAGCUGCCUGACUGUUCAUGUUCAAGGAAGGGAUCUGACAUCCGGAAAUGUAAUUCGUGGCUCCAUGCAUUUAGUUGAUCUUGCCGGCAGUGAAAGAGUAGACAAGUCUGAGGUGACGGGAGACCGAUUGAAGGAGGCUCAGCAUAUCAACAAGUCCCUUUCUGCAUUAGGAGAUGUGAUUGCUUCUCUUGCAGUUAAAAGCAAUCAUGUUCCUUACAGGAACAGUAAACUCACACAGUUACUCCAAGACUCACUCGGCGGGCAAGCCAAGACACUAAUGUUUGUCCACAUAAGUCCUGAGCCUGACGCUCUUGGAGAAACACUCAGUACAUUGAAAUUCGCUGAACGGGUUGCUACUGUUGAGCUUGGUGCAGCUAAGGUUAACAAGGAAAGCACAGAGGUUAAAGAUCUCAAAGAUCAGAUUGCUAGCCUCAAGGCAGCUCUGGCAAGGAAAGAAGGAGGGGAAAUGGACCAAUCCCAACAUUCUGGAUCAAGUACUCCAGAAAGAUUCGGAUCAAAGACUGGUGGAGCUUCUCCUACCCAGCACAGUUGGCAUGGUGGAAGUAGCAGCAUGUCAAAUGGUCAUGGGCAAGCAACGGAAGAAGCCAGCAGCAACCAGGGUAUGAAGAACUUAACAUCAUCACUGUCCAUGGGACGAAGGAGAAGCUUGGACCCUUAUGAUUUACGAGUAAACCCUCCACCAACAUGGCCAGCCAUUGAAAGGGCAGCAUCAGAGAAUGGGAAGGAAGAUGACAAGGAGUCAUGUUCAGGUGAGUGGGUUGAUAAGGCAGUGGUGAACAAGAAUUAUGAGCAGUGGGAGGCGGAGAACAGCAGACAAUUGCCAGAUCCAUUUCAUCAGGGUUUUGCCAGGAUCCAUCCUGAAGUGUCAUCAUUUAAUUAUAAACCUGCAGCAAACAACAACAGAAAGGACAGCUACCAGCAGCACCACCAAGAUUUCGAUGUGAGGAGCAGCAGGUGUGAAGUAAUGUCCACUGAUGGUUCGGAUGAUCUAGACGCCGGCACCAGUGAUUCAUCUGAGCCAGACUUGAUGUGGCAGUCUUCUUCUGCUGCUGCUUCAAAUGUUGCUAGAAUGUCCAGCCCCAGCAGCCUUCCCACCUUAGCAGGAGGCGGUGGUACUAAAGUAAAGAAGCUGAAUACUAAGUCAUUGAAGACUACAGAGAUCAGGAGUAUGAUCCCAUCGUUGAUUCCUUCUCCUUCAUCAACUGCAAAGAAAAUACCUAAUGGGGUUAGUUUGGGGCUAAAGAAGCCACAAAAGCAACAAAUCCCGAUGGAUGGGAAGAGGAAAAGUGGGUUUGCAAAGUGA